AUGUCGUCCUCAGCCCACUUUCCUGAUUCCGACAGCUUCCAGCGUCAGUCAGAUGAGUUUAUCACAUGGCUUGCUGGAAAUCCGGGUGUGAGACUCAAUUCGAAAAUCAGUAUCGCUGAUCUACGGUCAAAAUCUGCUGGAAGAGGUGUAGUGGCUCGUUCCGAUAUCUUCGACGGCGAAGAGCUUUUCUCCAUCCCCCGCGGACUCGUUCUGUCGGCACAGAAUUCGAAGUUGAAGGAUCUGCUCUCACACGAUCUGGAGGAGCUCGGCCCAUGGCUGUCCCUUAUUCUGGUGAUGAUGUACGAGUAUCUCUUAGGAGAACAAUCUGCCUGGGCGCCGUAUUUUAAAGUUCUUCCCAAGAGCUUUGACACGCUGAUGUUCUGGUCCCCUUCUGAACUUCAGGAGCUGCAAGGCAGUGCAAUCGUUAGCAAGAUCGGGAAAGAGGGCGCCGAAGACUCGAUCAUGCAGAUGAUCGCACCGGUUGUGAGGGCCAAUACCUCUCUCUUUCCGCCAGUUGAGGGCCUAGCCUCCUGGGACGGUGAAGCGGGUUCCCAGGCCCUUCUGGGUUUAGCUCAUAUCAUGGGGUCCCUUAUUAUGGCGUACGCAUUUGAUAUUGAGAAGGUCGAGGAUGAAGACGAUGAGGACAAUGACGAAGAAGACGGUUACGUGACCGAUGAUGAACAGGAUCAGUCUUCUAAAGGCAUGGUACCACUGGCAGACAUCCUCAACGCGGAUGCGGAUCGAAAUAAUGCACGCCUCUUUCAAGAGGAGGAUUCUUUGGUCAUGAAAGCCAUCAAGCACAUUCAGGCUGGAGACGAGAUUUUCAACGACUAUGGAGAAUUACCCCGUGCCGACCUUCUAAGGCGCUACGGCUAUGUAACCGACAACUAUGCUCCGUACGAUGUGGUCGAACUGUCGCUUGACCAGAUCUGCCGGUCUGCCGGUCUUCAAAGUGCGGACAUUGAAAGUCAGCCUCCGCUUGCCUUUUUGGAAGAUCUGGAACUCCUCGAUGACGGAUAUGUCGUUCCCAGACCGUCGCCCGAGAACUCGCUGCUGACAGACAUCCUUCCGGAUGAGCUUCUCUUGUUGCUCAAGACGCUCACACUCUCACCGGAGCAACUAGAGCAUCAGAAAUCGAAGAGCAAACCCCCCAAGCCGUCUUUUGGCCACGCUGAAGCUGCUAUUCUGCUAAAGACCAUCCAGCUCUUGGGAAGCCAAUACCCCACAACCAUUGCCCAGGAUGAGGAGGUCCUUUCGCGGCUAAUUCAAUCUGAAGCAUCUCAGCCCCUGAACCAAUCCGACCGACGACAGAAGAUGGCUAUACAGGUUCGCCUGGGUGAAAAAUAUAUCUUGCAAACUCUGGCCGACAUACUUGACGAAGUCAUCACGAAGUCCGCUCAGUCCAACGGAGGGUCCAGUCUCAAACGAAGUGCCAACGGCGACUGUGGAGAUUCCAGGAAAACAAAAGCUCCCAGGAACUGA